AUGGACAGACGUUAUGGUCAAGAAGACGAAAAGGUAGAGCUGAGUACCUAUCGAGGCUACCAUUCAAACAACAGCUUCGAACAUCCCGAGCCUUUGACACCCUCGGCAGUCUCUUCAAGGCCUCUCACUCCAGUCAGACCGGGUCAUUUCCCUACCGACGAGUACGGCCAACCGGUUUGGCUUCAACCCACCGCUCGUAUGUCGGGUCACUCCGAUUCCUUUCACAACGCAUCAUGGAACCCACAAACGCCCUAUGAUUCCCGGUCGGCGUCACCAACUUUAUACCAAAACCAUGGCGUGCAAGAAAGUCACCAGAGUCUUGCUCCCCUUGUGGGCUCACCUGCUUCUCCAGGAUUUGAAAAGGAUUGGAUCAAAUCUGGAUCGAUUGCUCGCCUUCACGACCGUGACGAUGCGGAAACGUGGAAAGGCUGGAAGAGAUGGGUGUUUGCCCUGGUACCAAUUCUCACAUUUGCCAACACCGGAAUCUACUUGUUCUACCUUGGCCUGAGAAUUGCCUGUAUCAUUAUGGCUCAAAAUGUUACUGGGGUCUCAUAUGCUGGAGCUUGGGUCUUCGUGGCCAUCGAAAUUACGGUUGCAAUCCCCUCCCUCAUGCACAACUGCUGGACCAUGAUGGCUUUGAAGAAGAGAGGCCGCCCUAAGUUGAGAUUGACCGGUAAUGAAUGCCCUACAGUGGAUGUGUUUAUUACUUGUUGUGGAGAGGAUGAUGAAGUUGUCCUCGAUACCGUCCGUGGCGCGAUUACCCCCCCCGAGAUGAUGAGGGUUGUCAUCCUGGACGAUGCCAGGUCUCCCACGCUUGAAGCUGCCUGCAACCAACUCGCUGUGAAUCACCCCAACGUCAUUUAUAUGGCUCGUGAAAAGAUCCCCGGAAAACCCCACCACUUCAAGGCGGGUAAUCUAAACUAUGGUCUUGAGCAAGUCACCCUUUUGCCUGGAGGUGCCGGCCAGUUCAUGGCCGCCCUGGAUGCUGAUAUGAUUCCCGAACAAGACUGGCUUCGUGCGAUUGUUCCCCACUUGCUAGUGGAUCCCAAGAUGGCCCUUGCAUGCCCGCCGCAGCUUUUCUACAACACCCCUGCAUCCGACCCGCUUGCCCAGAGUCUGGAUUUCUUCGUGCAUGUUAUUGAGCCGAUCAAGGAUGCGCUCGGUGUGGCUUGGUGCACUGGAUCUGGUUACGUCGUUCGACGCGAGGCUCUCGAAGAGAUUGGCAACUUCCCGCUUGGCUCCUUGGCCGAAGAUGUCGCGACUUCGACGCUCAUGCUUGGCAAAGGAUGGAAGACCGCAUACAUCCACGAGCCUCUUCAAUUUGGCACCGUGCCAGAAGACUUUGGUGGACAUCUCAAGCAGCGUACGCGAUGGGCGAUUGGAACUGUUGACACAGCUGCCAAGCUCAAGUUUUGUCUAUUCGGUGACGCCGUUCGAAAGAUGACCGUCGCUCAACGAUUUUCUGGCUUCCUAUAUGCAACUCUCAGUGUCUACACCCUCCUGUUGACUCUUUCUCUCUUCGCCAUUCCGAUCAUUCUCCUGUGGGGCAAGCGCCUCGUCGCCUUCGCGACUGAAGAACAGCUCCGUUGGCUUAUUUGGGCCUGCUUUGCUGCAACCAUCUCCAACCGUCUAUGUGAAGUGGCCCUGUUCAUCCCAGCAGGCUAUCACACCGGCCAACGAGGCUCCCGCUAUCAACUUUGGAUGUCGCCCUACAUCGCUCUCUGCAUUGUGCGUGCCUUCUUGCUGCCCACCUGGCUCGGUGGUCAAGCCCAGGCUUUCAAGCCAACAGGUUCUCUGGGCUCAGCCCUGAACGAGCGCGACCCAAAGAAGUCCAAGAACAUGUUCAUCCGCCUGCGCGUGAUCCUGCUCAACUACAUGGCUAGCUUCCACCUUGCUUUUGUCUACGUCACCCUCAUUGCAGUCGUCAUCUCCUCUUACCGCUGCUUCGCCCAGAACACUGGCUUCAAAGAUAUUAUCCUCUGUCUCAUCACGCACGCUUUCUGGCCCCCGCUUACCUUCCUUUUCAUCUGCACAUCGUUGUGGACCCCCGUCUCCUAUGCGAUUGACCCACCAAGGAUGCCAGAGCGUGAGGAACUCCUGACGCGUGACCCUAAGACUGGUGUCGCGCACCCGACCAAGAAGAGUAAAAAGAUUGCCUUUGGUGGGCAGGCUGCUUGGUUCGAGCUUGAAUACACGGUUGCCACCGUAGCCACAAUUCUGGUGUUUGUUUACUCAUUCAUCUUCUAA